GGGCGGAAGAGCUGCAGGGGUCCACAAGGUCAGAGCCUGCCCCGGGGACGCGCGGGCGCCCCCUCCACUCCGCAGCACCCCGUCAUACCCCCCCACCCGCACUGCGGCGCAGGCGCCGGGAGGCCCCGUUUGGCUCCGCGGAGACCGCAGGCGGAGAGCUGCUGUAGAAGGCUCUGCGGAGAGCCCCGCCUUAUCGACCUGCUUUCAGGACGGUGCUCCGCAGCCUGUGGGGGUCUGUGGAAGCUCGGAGUGGAACGGCCCAGCACGCACAGUGACUCCGUGUGUGGGGACCCACAAUGAUGAGUUGUCGCUAUGGCUGCAGCUGCAGUCGUGGUCCCGACGUGGAGGACGGCAAGUGGUACGGGGUUCGCUCCUAUCUGCACCUCUUCUACGAGGACUGCGCAGGCACUGCCCUCAGCGAUGACCCUGAGGGGCCACCCCUGCUGUGCCCCCGCCAGCCCUGGCCGUCACUGUGCUGGAAGAUCACCCUGUCGUCGGGAACCCUGUUUCUGCUGCUGGGCUUGGCAGCCCUAACCACGGGCUACGCGGUGCCCCCCAAGCUGGAGGGCAUCGAAGAGGGAGAGUUCCUGGUACUGGACCGACGGGCAGCCGACUACAACCACACCCUCCUCACCUGUCGCCUGGCCGGCAUCGUGCUCUGCCUGGCUGCCGGGAUCCUGCUGGCCAUCUGCCUGGUCAGGGCCGUGGCCAGCUGGCUCAGCCAGGACUACAAGGCUGAACUCUUGGACACUGAAGCCGAAGGUCAGGUGGAGGUCUUCGGGGACGAGGCCGAGCAGCACUUCUCUCCCGUCUUUCUCGACGACGGCGGGCAGUCUUGGCUCUCGCCGGCCACCGGCCUGUUUGGACAAUCCUUUGUGCAGACCAUACAGCCCCGGCGGGACGCCUGAGCCGCUCACAGGACCUCAGGACAGGCCUGACCUGGGGCGUGGGCCCUUCGUCCUCCCCACACUCCCACCUUCCCACCCCCCCAGGACUUCCCCCGCCCAGCAGGGCCCUCCUGGUCGACUCCUGCAGAGGCCCAAGCUCAGGGCAGUCUGGAAUUCACGUCCCUGAGCCUUCCCCCAGGACUGGCGUCCCAAACAUCUGAGAUGUCAGCCUUUCCAAAUACUCCCUAAGCUCCCCACCCCGUCCAACUUCCUGAGACACCCCCCAGGGACAGAGAAUAACCGUGUUCCGGCCAGAUCCUGGUUUAGAGCGGCCGUUGGAGCACUUUUCAGGGUCCUGGGGGACUCAGCGCUCCCAGCUGGCUUGGAAGAUACUCUGGACGUGCGUAUAAGUCGCCUCCCAGAUCCAGGGAGGCAGAAGACUUCGUUGCUUUUGUCCCUCAGAGAGCAUCCACUUAGAGACCAUUAUCCGCAGGCCCUGCCCUUACCCGGGGGUAAAUGCGGCCUGGUGGAGGGCAUUGCCCCGCCCCCCUGCAGGCGCGGCUGCCAGGCGCGUCGGCUGCGUUUUCCACCACCAGGGGGCGCGCCAGGACAAUUCAAGGCCAGUCCCUCCCGUCUCCGUGUAAUCACCAGCCUGGAGGGGCGAGGGGCCCUGCCGCCCCUCCCCCAUGCUGCACCCUUUCUAUCCCUCUCCCUUUCAAUAAACGGCCGGGAUGACGAUGA